AUGGAUAUUGUAUGGGAUAAGGAUACAGUCGAUAAAUUUUACAAUUAUUUAUAUGAUGUAAUAAAUUAUGAAAAAUGUGUAGAACUGGAAAGAAAUAUAAGGAUAGAGACAGGAACAGAAGAUAAGCUGAAUUUAAAGAAUUGCUUAUGUUAUAAUAAUGAAAAUUGUUCAGAAGAAUGUAAUAAAAUAAAUAUUAGUAGUUAUAAAUUUAAAAAAGAUGAAGAUGAUAUAUUAGGAGAAAUAAUAGAUAAUGAAAAGGAAAAAGAAAAUAUCGAAUGUAAUAUUGGUUUAAUUACACAAAGAGUAUUUUCUAUAUAUACAAAUGUUAUUAAGAAAGCAAAAUUGGAAGGUACAUAUAAUAUUAAUUUAGAAACCGAUAAUUUUAUAAGAAGAGAUAUAUUUAGAUUAGUAUUUCAUAAAUAUAUUCUACAAAAUACUAGGAAUAAAAUUAAACAAAUUCAAUGUAAGGAUACGAAAAACAUAAUUUCUUUAGCAAAUCCUUUACAUAUAAAAGAUGUAGAAUUAAAUAAAAUAAAUAGUGACACUAUAGCAAAUUUAAUGAAUAAUUAUAUAGGUAUACAAAAAAAUUUUCUUGGAAAACAGUAUAUGAAUCUUAUAUAUAAUGAAUUAAUAUUUAUAGAAUAUAAUAAUCAAUUUAAUGAAUUUAAUACGGAAUAUAAAAAUAUACGUACAGAUUUAUUUUGUUGGGCUUAUAUUACAAGUCUAGAUAGAGAAAAACAAAAGGGAUUAUAUAAAUUACUAAAAGAAUUAUCAUAUUUACCAUAUGAAUUAAAUAAAAAAGCAAACUUAUCACUACAAUUAUCUACAUUAUUUCAAUUUUUAUAUUUCUCACCUAAUCAUUCCUUUUUAAAAAAUCAUUCAGAUGGUGGUUAUGACAAUUUAGAUAAUGGAAAAAAAAUUACUUGCAUUUAUAUCCCUUCAGAAUAUGAACAUAAUCAAGUGUUAAUUAAACUAUAUAAAAAUAUAAAUACUAUUCAAAAUAACCAAUCAAGAAACGAUACUAAAAUAAAAAAUAUAAAUGAUAAUAUUUCUUCCAAUUUGGAAAAUAAUAAACCAAUACAAGUUAUAAAAGCUGAAGGUGAUUCUCUUAUUUUAUUACAAACAAGAAAUGUUUCUUAUGAAAUUUCUAUGAGUAAAGAAAAGUUUUUUAUGGUCAACCUAUGGAUACCUGGUCCUGUUUCUGUAGACAAACAUAUGUAA